GGAACAUUGUACAAUAAUGAUCCAACAGCAAUGAUAGCGCCAAUAAAUACAUUUAAAUCUGUAAGAAAUUCAAUGUUAAUCAAUGUGGAUGAAAAUAAUAUUCCACCACCACCCACCACCACCACAGCAGCAACAACAACAACAACGACAACGACGACUACUACAAUCAUCAUUAGCAUCAUCAAUACAUCAAGAUGAAUUUCUUACAUUACAAAUAAAUCAAAAUGAAAAUGGUUUACCGACAAGUUAUAAUGUUGAGAUUAAACCAUCAUCGUCAUCAUCAUCAUCAUCAACAAAUCAUAUGGGCCAUAAUAAUAAUCAUCAAUCAAUGAAUCAAUAUCAUCAUCAUCAGCAACCAUCGAUUGAUUCACCACCACCACCACCACCAUCAGCUGCAACAAUUUCAUCAACAUUUGUACGACAAUUUAAACAUCAAACAUUUCAAUCUGAAAGUCCUAAACAUGUUUCAUCAUUUUCACGUUUAUCACAACAACAUCAACAAGGAUCACCAUCAAUGACAGCAACAGCAGCAACAACAACGACAACAACAACACAGCAACAAUCAUCAUCAACAUCGCCUAAAUUAUAUUCAUCACCAAAUAUUUCACCAAAUAAACAAAUAAUACGAUCAAAAAUUCUAAAAGAAUCGCCUAGAAAAUCAAGUGUUUCAUAUUGUUCAAAUGAAUUUACUAAAAAAAGUUUUGUUGGUGAAACACCAACAUCAACGAUCUGUGAUAUUGUUGAAACUACUAUUGGUGCACCAUCUGUUGGCCGUGGUGAUAGUAAUGAUGAUUCCAAUUGUAAUGAUAAUGUUGCAUCGAAACAAACAUCAACAACUUAUUUGGUUAAAUAUAAAACCUGUGUGAAUGAAGCUCUUUGUACAUCGGAUUGUAAUGCAGCUACAGCAACGAUAUCUUCAAAUAUUAAUGGUAUUGGUAAUGGUAAUAGCCGAUCAAUUGAAUGGUUAACGGAUGGCAAUCAUUCAUCGAUUCGACAUAAUCAUCAUCAUCAUCAUCAUCAUCAGACCACCAUACCAUAUGUUCCAUCACAAUCAUUUCAAACUUAUCAUAUUUAUGAUGAUACUGAUCUUGUUACUAUGAAAACUAAUCUAGAUGAAUCCAAGCAACAACAACAACAACAACAAUCGGGAAUUGUUCGUAAAUCAAAAAAUCCAAAAGAUGAUCCAGAUCUAAUUGAGGAUGAUUCCACUGAUCAUUAUAUACGUAAUGUUGAACAAGUUGUAAAAUCAUUGAGUGAAAAAUUACAGCUACAACAGCAGCAGCAGCAACAACAACAAUUACAAAAUGAUGAAAAUGGUCAUCAUCUGAUUUCCAAUCAUCAUAAUAAUAAUCAAUAUCAUCCAUCAUCAAUUGAUCAUGGACGAAAUUUAUCAUUCCGUAGCAAUUCAUUAUCAUAUGAUGGUGAUGAUUAUCGAUCAACAACUGCAUCAUCAUUAUCAACCUUACAAUUACAACAGACACCAUCACGGCGAUUCAUUAUGAAUGGGAUCGAUAAUAAUCAAAAUAAUCGAUCAACAGGUGAACAAAGACGACGAAAUAUGUCCAUUACAAGUUUGAUUUCAUUACAACAACAACAACAACAACCGAAUACAAUGGAUAGAUUACGAUCAUUGAUUUCAAGAUCAAAUCAUCAUCAAAAUCGGAAUGAUAAUAAUAAUAAUUUAUUAAUAAAUAAAAAUCGUAGUCUGCCAGCAUCACCAUUAAUGAAUACGAAUCGUAAAGAAAUGAAUUUAAAUUUACAGACAACCAGUUCAUCCAUUACCACCACCACAGCAACAAGACAACGGUCAUCAAAUGGGCGGCAUUUUUUUCAUAGUCCAAAAGUUGUACGAAAAUUACGAAGAAAAUUAAGCUAUCUGGAUUGUAGUUCCGAAGAUGAUGAAAAUAAUACCAGUGAUGAUGAUGAUGAUUUAGAAAAUCAAAUUGGAUCAUCAUCAUCAUCGCCAUCAAUAAUUAUGGAUAGAAAUAAUGGAUCGAAAUCAAUUAAAAUGGAAAAGAAAAAAAUAAAAAAUGAAAAAUAUCGACGCCAAAAAUAUGGUGAUGAUGAUGAUGAUGAUGAUAAUGAAAAAAGUAAACGAUUUGUAUUGCAUAAUAAAGCACCACUUUGGAAUGAAAUAUCGCAGGUAUAUCAAUUAGAUUUUGGUGGACGUGUUACACAAGAAUCGGCAAAAAAUUUUCAAAUUGAAUAUCAAGGUCGACAGGUGAUGCAAUUUGGCCGUAUCGAUACAAAUGCCUAUACAUUGGAUUUUGAAUAUCCAUUUUCAGCUGUACAAGCUAUGGCUGUUGCAUUGGCCAAUGUUACACAAAGACUUAAAUGAAAACAAACAAAAAAAAAUUCCAAUUCCAAUUCUUGAUCAAUCAAUUUCUGUUUUAUUUUUUUUUUUUUUUGGUGUGUUUGCACGCAUGCGCGCUUGUGUCUUAUUUCAUUUCAUUUCAUUUCAUUUUAUUUUUUUUUUUUUUUGUUGUUGUUGUUUGUUGUUGUUUGUCUAUUUUUCUCUCUCUCUUUCUUCCACAUGAAUGAUAUAAAUAACCAAAUUCUAGUCUAAUUAUUCAAAAAAAAAAAAAAAAAAAAUUUUUUAGCAAAAUGAAUCCAUAUAUAUAAUAUUCAACACAACGGAAAACAAAACAAUCAAAUGUGUCAAUGUCAAUCAAUUGCCUAUAGAGCGAAAACACAAAAUUUAUUAUAUUAUUUUUUUUUUGUAAAAAAAAA